AUGACAUCGUGGUGUGGUGGUGAAGAAGGUGGUGGAUUGGGUGGAGAAGAAGCAGCCGUGGAUGCUUUUGCGGAAGGAGACGAUGAUGGAGGGGCAGCGGUUGAGGCGUGCCUGGUGGUGUUGUCGCUUAGCGUGGGCAGUCGAGCCAAAGAUUUGGUCGGCGGACGUGGCAGCAGCGAUGUUGUCAGUGUCCGUGGUCUGACCAGCAUCGACACGGAUCGGUGCAGGCUUCGUGUGACCGUCAUUCUAGCACGAUGA